GCGGUGGCGCCAAUGGAUCACAAGGCGGCGAAGCGGGUGGCCAUCGUCGGCGCCGGCACGAGCGGCCUCGCCGCGUGCAAGCACCUCCUGGCGCGGGGGUUCCGCCCGGUGGUCUUCGAGGCGGGCGCCUCCGUGGGCGGCCUGUGGACACGCACGCUCGCGUCCACCCGGCUGCAGUCACCCACCGCCGGGUACCGCUUCUCCGACUUCCCGUGGCCGGAGGGCGCCGACACGUACCCGCGCCACGACCAGGUCGUCGAGUACCUCGCCGCCUACGCGCGCCGCUUCGGCGUCCACGAAUGCAUCAGGUUCCGGAGCCAGGUCGUGGCCGCGGAGUACGUCGGCGAGGACGAUGAUGCGUGCGUGGCUGAGCAGUGGGCGGGCAACGGCGAGGCGUUCGGCGGCGACGGCGCGGGCGUGUGGCGCCUCACCGUGCGGCACGGCGACUCCGACUCCGACACCACGCAGGUAUACGAGUUCGACUUCCUGAUCCUGUGCAUCGGGAGGUUCAGCGGCGUGCCCAACAUCCCGGCGUUCCCGCCCGGCGGCGGCCCCGACGCGUUCCGCGGGCGGGUGCUCCACUCCAUGGACUUGUCCGACAUGGACGACGCGGACGCCGCCGCGCUCGUCAAGGGCAAACGCGUCGCCGUCGUCGGCUCCGGCAAGUCCGCUUACGACGUCGCGGCCGAGUGCGCCGACGCCAAUGGUGUGGAGCGGCCGUGCACGGUGAUCUGCAGAAGCCCGCGGUGGCUGCUGCACGACGUCACCGUCUGGGGCAAGCUCCACCUCGGCUACCUCUACAUGAACAGGUUCGCGGAGCUCAUGGUCCGCAAGCCCGGCGCCGGCCUCGCGUCCACCCUCCUCGCGACAUUGCUGACGCCCCUGGCGUGGCUGAUAUCGAAGGUGACGGGAGCGUACUACAAGAAGGCGAUCCCGAUGUGGGAGUACGGCAUGGAGCCGGAGUUCGGGUUCGCCGGCUCCAUCUCGUCGUGCAAGAUCGGCAUGCUGCCGGAGGCGUUCUACGACAAGGUGAGGGACGGCAGCGUCGUAAUCAGGCGGUCGAGGUCGUUCGCCUUCUGCGAGGACGGCCUGGUGCUGGACGGCGGCGCCGUCGUCGUCCCCGCCGACGUGGUGAUACUCGCCACGGGCUUCCGCGGCGACCAGAAGCUCAGGGACAUGUUCGUGGCGCCCAGGGUGAAGGCGAUCGUCGCCGGCUCGUCGUCGGACACCGCCGCCGUGCCUCUCUACAGGGAGUGCGUGCACCCUCGGAUCCCGCAGAUGGCGGUGGUCGGGUACUCGGAGAGCCUGACAAACAUCUACUCCGUCGAGAUGAUGGCCAAGUGGGUGGCGCGGUUCCUGGACGGCGCGUUCCGGCUGCCGAGCGUGCCGAGGAUGGAGCGGAGCGCGGCGGAGUGGGGCAGGUACAUGAGGCGGAGCAACGGGGAGAGCUUCCGCGGGGCCUGCCUCGGCGCCGUCAACAUCUGGUACAACGACCAGCUCUGCCGCGACAUGGGCUGCCACCCCAGGAGGAAGAAGGGCUUCCUCGCCGAGUGGUUCCAGCCUUACGGCGCCGUUGACUACAGAAUCAAACGGAAAAGCUGUAUAAAAAACACCAGUCUCCCCCUCACUUCUUCCUCCCUCCCUCCCUUCCAAGAACUCGGAAGCAGAGAGCAAGCGAUGGAUAGCAAUAGCAAGCGGGUGGGAAUCGUCGGUGCAGGCGUGAGCGGCCUAGCAGCCUGCAAGCACGCGCUCGACAAGGGGUUCAGGCCAGUGGUGUUCGAGGCUGACGGAACCAUCGGCGGAGUGUGGGCACACACCUUGGAGUCGACGAGGCUUCAGGCGCCGACGACCGCGUUCCGGUUCUCCGACCUGGCGUGGCCGGAGAGCGUGAGAGAGGCGUACCCAAACCACCGCAGGGUCAUGGAGUACAUAAGGUCGUAUGCGUGUGCAUUUGACCUCCUCAAGCACAUCAGGUUCAACAGCCAGGUGCUUGGUGUCGAGUACCUCGGCGCAGCUGAGGAAGAGAUCAUGAGCUGGGAGCAGUGGUCUGGCAAUGGGACAGCAUUCGGAGCAGUGAAGGGUGGAGGAUGGCGCCUCACCGUCCAGGACUUGAAAGUCGGUAGCACUGAGGUUUUUAUGGUGGAUUUUCUGAUCCUGUGCAUUGGAAGACACAGUGGAACCCCAAACAUCCCAGAAUUUCCAGGGAAUGGGCCUGAGUUGUUCAAGGGGAAAAUAUUGCACUCACUGGACUAUUCUUACAUGGAUGAUGUUGCUCAGUUUGUGAAGGGCAAGUGUGUGACGAUAAUUGGCUCUGGUAAAUCAGCAUUUGACAUUGCCGCAGAGGUUGCUAAGGUGAAUGGUGCCACACAGCCAUGCACCAUCAUAUAUAGAACAAAGCACUGGCUGGUCCACAAGUCCAGCAUAUGGGGAGUUGACCUCAGUUACUUCUAUCUCAAUCGCAUCUCACAGCUUCUGGUUCAUAAACCUGGUGAAGGAUUUUUACGUUAUAUGUUGGCCACUGCACUCUCCCCUUUGAGAUGGGCGAUCUCUAAAGUAAUUGAAACAUACUACAAGUGGAGCAUUCCUUUACAAAAGCAUGGGAUGGUCCCUGACUACAGCUUCUCCUUUGCUAUGUCCUCAUGCUUGAUUGCAAUGCUGCCAGAAGGUUUCUAUGACAGGGUCGACAAAGGCAGCAUUAUUCUCAAGAAAUCUAAGGCAUUCAACUUUUCUAGUGAUGGAAUCAUCCUGCAAGACAGAAAUGAAAGCAUCAAAUGUGAUAUUGUGAUUCUGGCAACAGGAUUCAGAGGUGAUCAGAAGCUUAGGGACAUCUUCACAGCAAAUUGGUGCAGAAACAUAGUAGCAGGAUCACCGGAUACCGCAGCUCCUCUAUACAGAGAAUGCAUCCAUCCCAGGAUUCCUCAGUUGGCUAUAGUUGGUUACGCUGAGAGCCUUACUAACAUAUAUGCCUCAGAGAGGAUGAGCAAUUGGGUAGCCCAUUUUCUGGCUGGUAGCUUCCAAUUGCCAAGCAUAAGAUGUAUGGAGAAGAGUGUAGCAGAAUGGGCAGAGUACAAGAAUCUAUACAACGGGAAAUAUUUUCGCAGGUCCUGCAUAAGCUCCACUAACAUCUGGUUAAAUGAUCUGUUGUGCCAAGAUAUGGGAUGCAACCCUAAAAGGAAGAAAGGAUUCCUAGCUGAAUGGUUCCAGCCAUAUGGACCUGCAGAUUAUGCAGGUCUUUGCUGAAGAUAGUUGCAUACUUAGAGUUGCUACCUCCAUGGCUCCAUGGCUGUAAAAACCAGGCAGGAGAGGAGAGAGAAUGAACUAUCAUCAGCUAUGUGAGACCUACAAGCAAAAUCUGAAAUAUUUGAAUUGUAAGGUUUGAACCUAUCAGACAUGUCUAAACAAUUCUGCAACAUUAUCUACAGUUUUGAAUUCAAGCAUGGAGAAGAUAGAGAUAGUGAGCAGCCACACCUACAAGUGAACUUCGUCAGAUGUACCUUUACUCUUCUUGAAUUUGAAGUUCCAAAACCUCCUAACGGUUGAAACAUACACAGGAGUCAAGAAAAUUCCAAGUAAAUAUGUCUGUACAUUGUAGUGCGCCUUUCAUAACUUUUCUUUUCCAUAA